AUGAAUAUUCUCGAGAUCUUAACCAUUUUCUCCAUAACUAUGCCAAUACGAGGAUCGAAAACCUGCGAAUUUGAGCACUCCGGCGGGCCUUAUGGCGAGAAUCUUGCCGGGAGUUCUGACCCGGAAAUGACUGCUAUCGAUGCUGUGAAUUUGUGGGUGGAUGAGAAGAAAAACUAUAAUCACGAAACAAACUCGUGUGAAAAUGAUGAAUGCUUGCAUUAUACGCAGGUUAUUUGGCAUGCUACUUCUCAUGUUGGUUGUGCUAGGGUAAAUUGUAAGAGUGGAUGGACGUUUAUCACUUGUAACUAUGAUCCACCAGGAAAUUUUGAAGGUGAUAAUGCUUACUAG